GCGCCCGCCAAGAGGAGGAGCCACGGGCACCGAGCGGGAGGAGUCGGGAGUCGGAGGGCGGCGGGCGGAGGCGGAUUUCCUGGGCCCGGCUCUCUGGGGCCACUAUGGCGUUUGGGAAGAGCCACCGGGAUCCCUACGCCACCUCCGUGGGCCAACUCAUAGAAAAGGCUACAUUUGCUGGAGUUCAGACUGAAGACUGGGGCCAGUUCAUGCACAUCUGUGACAUAAUUAACACUACCCAGGAUGGGCCAAAAGAUGCAGUGAAAGCUUUGAAGAAAAGAAUUUCCAAAAAUUACAAUCAUAAAGAAAUCCAACUUACCUUGUCACUCAUUGACAUGUGCAUGCAGAACUGUGGUCCAAGUUUCCAAUCUCUGAUUGUGAAGAAAGAAUUCAUUAAAGAUAGUCUGGUUAAGCUGUUGGAUCCUAAAUACACCUUACCAUUGGACAUUCAGAAUAGAAUCUUGAAUUUCAUUAAGUGUUGGUCACAGGGUUUCCCAGGAGGUGUAGAUGUAAGUGAAGUGAAAGAAGUGUACCUUGACCUGCUUAAGAAGGGUGUUCAGUUUCCUCUCUCAGAUGCAGAGGCUCCAACAGCAAGGCAAGAGACCUCAUUGACUCCACCAGCAUCUGUUCCUACUGCACCAGCUCUUUCUUCAGUAAUUCCUCCCAGGAACUCAACUAUUACUUUGGUCCCAGAACAGAUUGGAAAGCUGCACAGUGAAUUGGAUAUGGUGAAAAUGAACGUGAGAGUGAUGUCUGCCAUACUGAUGGAGAACACUCCCGGAUCUGAGAACCAUGAAGACCUAGAGCUUCUGCAGAAACUUUACAAGACCUGUCGGGAGAUGCAGGAGAGGAUCAUGGACCUGCUUGUGGUGGUGGAGAACGAAGAUGUAACUGUUGAGCUGAUUCAAGUGAAUGAGGAUUUGAAUAAUGCCAUCCUUGGAUACGAGAGGUUUAUUCGAAACCAGCAAAGGCUUUUGGAGCAACAUACGAACCAGAUGGAAGCCACCAAUACUACCAGUGAGCCCUCCGCUCCAUCUUGUGAGCUCCUGGAUUUAAGUCCCAGCACCUUGAUGUCAAUGGCCACUCAAGGAGAACUCAGCAACGUGAAUUCUCAGCUUUCAAACUUAAGUAAAUAAGCAGUGGGGCCUUUUCAGAUCAGCAGAAGAGCUUGAUGUGAAACAUUUCUCCUUGAUUUCAUGAUUAAAUGGCUCCUGAGAAGGACUGAA